AGACAACUGCUUAUACCAUGAUAAGUUUGCAUCCUCCUAGGCGAUUGUCAUAGUAACGUCCGGUCCAACUCGCUGUGGCAACACACCUCUGUAUUUAUGUACUUCGGGUGAUAAGAAUGAUUACAUAUUGCCCAACAUGUGCGAAUAUGCUGCUGGUGGAACUGACGGAAUACAGCAAGGAGCUCAGAUAUUUCUGUCAAUGCUGUCCUUACGUGUACAACAUCGAUAAGAAGAUAUCCAAAAUGGCGCCCCUAGCACGCAAACAAGUGGACGACGUCCUCGGUGGUGAAGACGCUUGGAAGAACGUCGCAAAGACAGAUGCCACAUGUCCCAAGUGCUCCUACCACCAGGCCUACUUCAUGGAGAUCCAGACCCGCUCAGCGGACGAACCGGCGACGCUGUUCUUCAAAUGUGUACAGUGCGGACACCGCUGGCGCGAGGGGUAACUGUACGACAACGUACGACAACUUGGACCUGGGUCGGCGCUGGGCGCUAGGUUGUGGCAUCUUGGUAUGGCUAGGCAGGGGCUGCCGGUGAGGGGUUGUGGUUCCUUGCGAGUGGUAGCGAAAGCGUGAUUGGAGCGUUAGCUGCUGGAGCGGUGCGAGGGCUUUAAUGGAGGACUAAUAUGGGCCCUUGACUCUCCUGUAAGGUUUACAUACUUGAUGUGUGCAGGUUAUGGUACCAUGUGCGGUAGCAGAAGCUUUGGUAGGGCAGCAGGCAUUCGUUUGACGCUAACUAGGAUACUAGGGUUGAAGGUCUGGAGGUGAGAAGAUGCGAAAUUUGAGGGAUGUGCAUGUUGGAGGCUUGGGGCUGUGCAGACGGGCGCAGCGGCACCAUGCGUGCUGUUUGUUGUGCAGCACGACGGUGACCCGGCCUGGCUUAGCAUCAGCUGGAGAUGAAUUGGAGUCGUGCAGUCCCGGCAGGGUGUGGAGGUGCUGAAGGCAUAGGAGGUAGCUGUGUGUGUUGCCAGGACUAUGCAAAAUUGGCCGAAUGUGGGUCACCCAACUCUUUUUAAGGCUUUGGUGCAAGAUUACGCCGUCAUGUAUUUGUAGUGCUUUUGCGGUUAGGAAGGU